GUAGCAGGUUCCCACCUUCUUCCUUUUUCUUUUUCUUUUUUUUUUUUCUCUUGGGUUCUCUUGAGAACCCAAAUCAGGUUCUCCAAGAGAGCUCGACCUAGGUUCUUCCCGGAGAACCCACCAAGAACCGGAUUUGGGUUCUCUGAGAAGAACCCAGGUCUAGGUUCUCCAGAAAAACCAAAAAAAAAAAAAAGAAAAAAAAAAGAAAAAAGGAAGAAGGUGAGAACUUGGAAGAGGUUGGCAAUUGUCUUGCAGAUGAUUAGGAAAUGGAUGAAGGUGAGGAGGAAGAUGGAUCUGGUGAGGACAGAAUGGGUUGGGUGAGUUGGGAGAUGGCUGAAGAGGUGGCAACUACUGAAUAUGGAUCUUUUAGGAACUUUAUCACCAGCACUUGGCCGCUUGUCUCGUCUGUUGAUAUUGUGAGGCUAAGUAUAUUACGAAAGGCUCUUGAGUGGCAACCAAUUGACAGCCUUCUUCACAAUAACAAUUUAUCAGGGUAUCGCCCAGAAGAGCUUGCCCAAAUGCCGAAUUUAACCAUCCUUCAACUUGACAAUAACAACUUUGAUGGGGCUACUAUUCCAGGAUCAUUUGGAAACAUACCUACAUUGUUGAAGUUGAGUCUCAAGAACUGCAACUUGCAAGGAUCAAUCCCUGACCUAAGUGGAAUAUCUAACCUUGGUUAUUUGGAGCUGAGCUCAAACCAUCUAAGUGGACCCUUACCUACAAAUAAGCUCAUUGAGAAUAUCACAACCAUGCUUAAAGGGAAUCCUAUAUGCUCGAAUCGAAGUUUAGUUCGGUUCUGUAAAUCUCAAACUAAGAAUGAAAUUAGAAUAAGCACUACAACAAACUCCACCACCGCUGAGUGUAAACCGCAAUCAUGCCCUUAUGAGUAUUCCCCAACAUCUCCUCUGGAUUGCUUUUGUGCUGAGCCUCUGCUAAUUGGAUAUCGGUUGAAAAGUCCUGGCUUUUCAGAUUUUAUUCCAUAUAAAAAAAUGUUUGAGGAGUACCUAGCUCAAAGUCUCAGCUUGUUUGUUUAUCAACUCUACAUCUAUUCAUUUGCAUGGCUAGAAGGACCACGACUGGAAAUGUACCUAAAGCUCUAUCCUGUUUAUGAUAACACUACCAACAAUCAUUUAUUCAAUUCAAGUGAUGUUCAACGAAUUAGGAGCAUGUUCACUGGACUGAAUCUCCCUCUUAGUGGCAUAUUUGGAUGUUACGAACUUAUAAACUUCACUUUGCCAAAUGUCUAUAAGGAUGCAUCUAGAGCCUUGUUAAAAAUUGAUGGUGUCAAGAGUUUCACAUAUGGAGAACUGGCUUUGGCAACAAACAAUUUUAAUUUCAUUGCUCAAAUUGGCCAAGGUGGAUACGGAAAGGUUUAUAGAGGCACUCUAGUUGAUGGCACGAUUGUUGCCAUAAAGUGUGCACAACAAGGGUCAUUACAGGGUGAAAAGGAGUUCCUAACUGAAAUACAAUUAUUAUCAAGGUUACAUCAUCGAAACCUUGUUUCUUUGGUUGGUUAUUGUGAUGAAGAAGGUGAACAGAUAUUGGUGUAUGAAUAUAUGUCUAAUGGCACUCUGCAAGAUCAUCUUUCAGGAAAGAUUAAAGAACCUUUGAGUUUCACAAGGAGGUUAAGAAUUGCUCUUGGUUCAUCCAAAGGAAUCCUCUACCUACACACAGAAGUUGACCCUCCUAUAUUUCAUCGGGAUAUCAAGGCUAGCAAUAUAUUAUUGGAUUCUAAAUUGGUCGCAAAGGUGGCCGACUUUGGACUUUCACGACUUGCUCCAAUGCCAGGUAUUGAAGGUGCAGCGCCUGCUUAUGUGUCUACUAUUGUAAAGGGGACUCCAGGUUACCUUGAUCCGGAGUAUUUCUUGACACAGAAAUUGUACAAGAGUCAUGUAUAUAGCCUUGGUGUUGUGUUUUUAGAGCUUUUGACAGGGAUGCAACCAAUUUCAUGUGGCAAAAACCUUGUUCGAGAGGUUAACAUUGCAUAUCAAUCUGGUAUAAUAUUCUCGAUUAUUGACGGAAGAAUGGGUUCAUAUCCUUCUAAAUGUAUGGAGAAGUUUGUGAAUUUGGCCAUGAAAUGUUGCCAAUACGAGACAGAUUCAAGACCUUCGAUGGCAGAGGUGGUCCGAACUCUAGAAACUAUAGAGCUAAUGAUGCCGGCGUACUCUGACCCCUUAGUAGCAGAAUCCAUGGAAGGUGACCUAGAAAAGACAUCUACUACUUCACCUUCGUCAUCCUCUCUGGCGAAGAAUCCGUACACAUCCUCAAAUCUUUCUUGCAGUUACCUUGUUAGUGGAGUGAUUUCCACCAUCACGCCUAGAUAAUAAGAUGACCACACAACACAUCCUGCACUUACUCUGAUGUGUCUCUGACUGUUGUUAUAUACUUGUAUUGGUUUCCUCAUUUCUAUUACUUUAUAGUCAGUCUUUUACACCAACAAGCUAAAUCAUUUAUGAUUUGUGUAAAAUGCAAAAAUGCUUUUGUAUUGGAUUUGCAUUUCCUUUUGAGAUAACUGAUGAGCUACAUACGAUUUAGAUGUAGAUAGAAUAAAUGGUAUUCACCUCC